UAUGUAGACAUUUAGCUCAACUUGGCAAUUUAUAAGUCUCCACUUUCUUUUCGGUAUCAAAAACUAAACACUCAACAUGGGUCGUAUGCACGCUCCAGGCAAGGGUAUUUCCCAAUCAGCUCUACCAUACAGACGAACAGUGCCAUCAUGGCUGAAGCUCAACGCUGAUGAUGUCAAGGAACAGAUCAAGAAACUUGGCAAGAAAGGCCUGACGCCUUCCAAAAUUGGUAUAAUUUUGCGUGAUUCUCAUGGCGUUGCCCAAGUGCGCUUUGUUAACGGAAACAAAAUCCUGCGCAUCAUGAAAUCGGUUGGUCUUAAACCAGACAUUCCCGAAGAUCUAUACCAUAUGAUCAAGAAGGCAGUUGCCAUUCGUAAACAUUUGGAGCGCAAUCGCAAGGAUAAGGACGGCAAGUUCCGUUUGAUUUUGGUAGAAUCCAGAAUUCACCGGCUGGCACGCUACUAUAAAACAAAGAGUGUACUGGCUCCGAAUUGGAAAUAUGAAUCCAGUACAGCAUCUGCUCUGGUUGCUUAAUUUGCCUACGCAAUUUUUUACGCAAUAUAAAUAAACAACAAAAACAAAAAAAAAAUCAUAUUAA